UAAUUUGAGUGUCAGAUCAUAGGGUUUGAAAAAGAAACUUUAAAGGGUAUUAAGGGUAGUAUGGCUGUGUUUGGUAAGAUUGACAGCUCCUACUAUACUGGAAGCAUCAGCUGGAUUCCCAUCACUUCUGAGAUCUGCAGAUCCACAGGUAAACAAUUUCUAGUGUUGGCUUGCUCUGGUGUCUGCCAGGUCAUUGUUGACACAUCAGGUACUUCUGUCAUUGUGGUAUCAUCUACUGAUAUCAACAAUGUUACAUUAAAGCAUAUGAUCAUUUAA